GCAGCCACCAUUGACGGCGCUCGUCCCAUGGUCCUCGGCUCCAUUAUCUUGUUCCGAGUCCCCAGCAAGUUGCUUCCGUCAUCAUCGCCACAAGCUCAGCGCUGCAAAUCCAUCUCGUCGUACUUCAACCCGUAUUUUGUUUUGUUAUCGCUUAAAAAAAAGAAAUUUAUUAAUAUUUUCUUUUUUUUACCUCGUACGUCUCGGGGCCGGCUAAUUUUUUUUUUUCCCGCCAACGACCUCCAACCCCCACAACGUUGCGCGCGCGCGCUCUCUCUCUCUCUCGCUCCCCGGUCACGUGGCGGUCAUCCGCCAAUCAACGCUCUUGGCUCGUGCCUGCCCCUCCCCCCUUUUCUCACCCCCCCCCCCUUCGGCUAGAGUAGCCCCGCCCCUCACCCCCCCACACCAGUAGCCCCGCCCCUCACCCCCCCCACACCAGUAGCCCCGCCCCUCCACUCGCCUCCUCUUCCAAGUCAAAAGGCUCGGGAAGAAUGACUGGGUUCGCUUCGGUGACGAGACACAAAAAGCCAAAACCAGACAGUGGUACAAGGAAUCUAUAGCCUCGGUGGAGCAUUCUACAUAUCAUCCCCUUCCAUAUUUACUUUUUUUUAAAAUAUAUAUUUGUACAUCCACUCCACUACCCAUUUGCAAGACGAGCACAAUCUUGCAAGAAUUUCCAUUUCGACUCUUAAAGACUUAUUGUAUAAUUUUCCACUCGCUGUCAAAGCCAUACAACAACAACAAAUUUGUCCAAAUUUAAAAAUAACUGGUGUUAGUUGGCCUUCUAAUUUGAGAGAGUUGCAAUAUACAGCAUUUUUUUUUAGCUUCAGUUAACGACAAAAAAUAUUAACUCCUUAAAUUAUUUAUUGUUUUGCACAAACCUUUGAGACUACUUGAAGGGCUUCUUUCCAUUUCAAGACCUGCCCGUUCACCCUUGAUUUCCCUUCAAUCGACGAUGAUGGCAAACGGCUGCUUUGUAUUCGAGGACGACCACCUCUGGGCGUCCACGGCCGCCAAGCUGAACGCGCUGCGCAAGAGCGGACAGUUCUGUGACGUUCGGCUGCAGGUGUGCGGGCAUGAGAUCUACGCCCACCGCGCUGUGCUGGCCUGCUCCAGCCCUUACCUGUUUGAAGCCUUCAACAGCGAAGUGUUGGACAACACCGGCUGCUCCAUGAUCCGCUUUGAGGAUCUCAACCCCGAGGCCAUGGAGAUUCUACUCAACUACGCCUACACCGCACGGCUGGAAGCCUCUAUUGAUCUGGUGAAGGAUGUGUACUCUGCUGCCAAGAAGCUGAAGAUGGACCGCGUGAGACAGGUGUGCGGAGACUACCUUCUGUCUUGCGUGGACGGCACCAACUGCAUCUCGUACCGAAACUUCGCCGGCCACAUGGAUGACUCGCGCCUGCUCGCCCAGGUGGACGCCUUCAUCCAAAGCCACCUGGUGGAGAUUUCCGAAGGGGAAGAGUUCCUCAAGCUGCCUCGCCUGCAGGUGGAAGUGGUGCUGGAAGAAAACGUCUGGCUGCCCAGUAACGGCAAACUCUGCACCAAGGUGAUAGACUGGGUGCAGCGCUGCAUCUGGGAGAAGGGCGAGCGUCUGGAAGACCUCCUGCAGAAGGUUCAAAAGCUGUACUUUUCGGCUGAACACAAACUGCUCGAAAGGAGCCACCCUGAGUCUCCGCAAGACAGUUCCAGUGAGGGCGAAGAUGCCGCUAAUAACACGAAGAAAAACCUUCACCGGGACGGCAAGCGCAAGAAGAUCGGCGUUGCCACCACGAACGGCACCACGCAUCUGAAUACCGGUGACAUGAAGUCUCCCUGCAAGUCGCUCACCACCGCCGCUCGCAACCUCUUGCAGCAGCAGCAGCAGCAGCAGAGUCAAAACGGCGGUGGCUGCAGCAAUGGCGGCAGCGGCAGCAACAACAUCUUCAGCAAGCACGAGUGGAAGAUCAUUGCCUCUGAAAAGAGCUCCGAUAUGCAGUACCUGUCGCUGGCGGUGCUGAGCGGCACACUGUGCGCCAUCUCGCUGCACGGCCGCGCCUCCAGCCCGCGCGUGUCCCCCGCCACCACGCCGGUGCUCUCCAAGAGCUCCAGCCUGGAGGCCGGCCUGGACCUGGAGGAGCCUGACGCGGCGUUGCUCUCCGGCAUGCACUACGAGCGCUGCGGCCUGGGAGCCGCCUCGCUCAAUGGCAGCCUCAUCGCCGCCGGCGGCUACAACCGGGAGGAGUGUCUGCGUACCGUGGAACGCUACGAUGCCAGCACGGACAGCUGGUCCUUCAUCGCGCCCAUGAACACCCCACGUGCUCGCUUCCAGAUGGCGACGCUCAUGGGCAAGCUGUUUGCUCUUGGAGGUUCCAACGGACACUCGGACGAGCUGAGCUCUGGGGAGGUUUACGAUCCAGAUGCCGACCAGUGGAUGUCCAUCCCUGAGCUUCGCACCAACCGCUGCAAUGCAGGUGUGGCGGUGCUGAAGGAUCGGCUGUACAUUGUCGGUGGAUCAGACCCCUAUGGCCAGAAAGGUCUGCGGAGCUGCGAUGCCUUCGACCCGAUCUCAAAGACGUGGAUCACUUGCUCGCCGACAAACACUCACCGGCACCAGGCGUCGGUGUGCGAACUGGACGGCUUCCUGUACGUGGUGGGUGGCAGCGAGGCGUGGAACUGCCUCAACACGGUGGAGCGCUACGACCCGCUCGCAGACACCUGGUCCUUCGUGGCGCCCAUGAACGUGGCGCGUCGCGGCGCCGGCGUCGCUGCCUACAACGGCAAACUGUUCGUGGUGGGCGGCUUCAACGGCGCCAGCUCUCUGGGCGCGGUGGAGGCGUACGACCCGGCACGCGACGAGUGGACCGUGCUGGCCAGCCUGUCGGUGGUGCGCAGCAACGCCGGCGUGGCGGUGGCCGGAGGGCGCCUAUACGCGGUCGGCGGUUUCACCGGCGCGCAGUUCCUGCGGUCCGUCGAGGUUUACGACGCGCAGGCCAACCUGUGGUCCCCGUACAUCGCCAUCAAAAGAGAGGCCGAUCUGUUGGAGGGGGAGGAGGAUGAGGAGAGGAGUGAGUGAUGAAAGAAAAGGGGGGGGGGCCUUUUUGUUGCCAAGAUGACACGUCGCUGCCAACUGGAGUAGGGUUUGUAGAGGAGGGGGGAGGGGUCCCUCUGCAUGCGUUUUUUUAAACCCCUUCCAACAAAGGUUUAAAGCAUUAUUUCAUUAUCUCCUGCUGUAGCGGGGUCGUAAAUAGGAUCCAAUGUAGAUUCAGUUUUAGCGUCAAAUUUUGUUGUCGUUUAGAGACUUGCCCGACUGGAAAAGCAAAACAGGAUUGACCCUGACAGUUUCCCAAUAAAGUCACGUAGAAGGGAAGUAAUAAAAUAAUAAAAAUAAAACAUUCUUCACCUGAGGACGGCUGCUUGCAUUGUGGCCGAAACGUCGUGAGAAUUAUUUUAUUAUGUUUAAUUUUAUUACUUCCCUUCUACGUGACUUUACCGAAAGAACCAAGAUGAUGAUUCCCUGCAGUCACGAAAGCUUUAAAUCGAAAAGUUUCCCAAUACAUGAUGAUACAAACACCGUGAUAACGGUGAAGCCCUUUGUGACUGAGGCGAUGACGUCCUACGUCAUGCGCCGUGAGAUGUCAUCUCGUUGUGGCCACUUGAAAAGCAACGCGCGUUGAAAAGCGAUACAAAAUCCAUGCAUAUCGUGCGUGAUUUUAAUUUGUAUUAUUUUAAUUGGUUCUACCGCUCACGAGGUGGCUGAAAUUAAUGCGCGUAAGAAUGUUGACCGUUGCCGAUCCAUCGUGCUACUGGGCUGCCGGAUAAUGGAAUCCGUGCAGCUGCCAGAAGUUGUACGUGCAAAAAUAAAUUCGAAUUUUUGCAACUCCCAAUUGUUGAUAAUUUUGCGGACGCAAGUCGCUAAUCCUCCGUUUAUCCUGCCUGAACGUUUAAUUGGGGUCGAGCCGGCAGAAUGCUUGGAUGGGUUACCACCAUGAAGAACCAAGCAAUUGUUGUCGGCUCGUACAAGACUACAUGAUCCGGCACGAGGCCAGUGCAGCGAUAGCCUCGAUUGUGCCAUAAUACGCUCCGUGCUCCCUCCUGCCUUCAGAGGCACCCGCACUGACUUUGACGCGGCAAUGUGUACGGUCAAUUAACCGCCACGGGACCCGCAGGGUGUCGGGGAAGGGCACUGGUCCAGCAGUGGAUUGCCAAAGAAUGACUUGGCGAUGCACGUUCAAACCUCGGUCCUAAAACUCUGAAGCCAAGGCCACGUUUUGGACUAGAAUCUCAAGUGUAAUUGCCUGGGGGGAGUUCACAAAAGCCACAUUAUUUAUGAACAUUUUGGAUUCCGUACGAAUGGUUGAGGCUUCAAGAGACGAAGCUCCCUUGGGAUAAUUUGUAUUCGCUGCGUUGGUUGUUUGCGAAGGACUAAGAUGCCCAUAAACAACUUCCACUUUGAAACUUAAAGUCCUAAUCGGAAACUCGCCCCGUCUUUUAUGCUCGUUGCAGUUGGCAGCUACGUUGCCAUCUUGUCGAAGGUCGAGCGGAGGAUUUGUGGUCGUGCAAGCUGAUCUAUUGAUUGCAGAUGUAGUAAUAUAUUUAGAUGUUUUAGUCACAUUUUUAAGUUCUCUUCAUACAAGUGGCCAUUAAAGUACAUUUUAGUUUUGACAAACUGGCAUCAACGUUUGUGUUUUCAUUUAUAUUCGAAUAUCAAAUAGUAGAUCAUUGCCUUGUCUUUUUUAAAACUUCAGUUUCCAGUGAUGGCAACUUAAAAAUGAAAAUGCUUUCAAAGAUAUGGGUUUAGGGCCAAGGAUUCUGAAACACCUAUUUUAUUUUUACUGUUACAAGCGCCCUGUCCUGGGGUCACGGCCGAACGGGCACGGCUCGCUCGGCACCAGGUUUUUUCUUUUUUUUUCCACUGCAAAAUCAGAGCCGUGCCACUGGCGUCAAACGACACAAUGAACGUGUCGAUGAUCCUGUUUUUUUUUUUAUCUUGCCCGCCUGCGGGUCACGCAUUGUGCGUUUCCGACACGCGUGUGUAGGGUAACUGGCGUUGUCGCGUGCUGCGAUCGCAUCGGUAACCCGACCACACCGUGGCGGGGCCCGGCUUGUCGCCCAAAACAGAUCCAAACCUCUCGUGAGGAGGGCUCGUGCCAGAGGUCGCAAACUGGUUUUGAUUCCUUACCCAUACCCGGCCGCACCAGGGUCGCAAUCAGGUACCCGAUACCCUUACCCUACCCGUACCCGGCCGUCAGGUACCCGAUACCCGUACCCGGCCGGGUAUCGGGUAGGGUACGGGUAUCGGGUACCUGAUUGCGACCUCUUGGAUGAAGCCAUUUUGCAGGCGCGGGUGGGUUGAUUCUAGGAACUUGAAUUGUGAGAAGAGACAAGACGUUGGGAAAUGAGUGACAAACGGUGACUCACCAGUGACUCACGGCCUACCCGUACCCGGCCGCACCAGGGUCGCAAACGGCUACCCGUACCCGGCCGGGUACGGGUAGCUGGGUAUCGGGUAGGGUACGGGUAUCGGGUACCCGGUUGCGACCUCUGGCUCGCGCAGAGGGUCGUCGGCAAGCAAGAUAACAAGAGGAGCCGGGUUUUUUUCGAAUACGGUAAAAAAAAAAUCUUAAUUCAGGAGCCAUAAGUGCAAUGUUGUGAAUACGGGACGAUGGGUACCCUUUAAUAAAUAAUAGUCUCACGAAGCGGUCCUUCAAAGAACCGCAGGUCGCCCAACCCCCUGCCCACGCUGAACUGGGCUUCCGUGGUCAAGGGGAUUAAAGGUAGCCAAAAUGACAAAGAAGAGGCAAUUUUUUUCUUCUCGAAUUUCAAGAGCUGCCACCGCAAGCCCCCUUUUUUUUUUAAAGCGCCACCACAGGUUGGCGACCUCCCCCGCUGUGCCGAGUGCGAAUCGCGACUCGGUUAGUGCUCGGCACAGCGAAAUAGCCGUAAUGAUCCCCAUGGCACUGGGCUCGGCUCUGAUGUGACGGUGGGAAAAGGGGGGGGAUGGGGUGGAAGGUUUUGUCGGGAGGAGUUGAUCGUUUGUGGGAAAUGUCAGCUUUCUUGCAUCUCACUUGUCGGCUUCAGUAGUGACGUAGACAUUGUGUUUAAACCUUGGUAUAAACAAUACGUCAAGUUGAAGCAACUAUCUCGGCUUUAUAUCAUCAAAAAAUGUCGAGUGUUCUUCUUGAUGAAGUUGACGAUGUUUUAUUAUUUCCUGAUUAUUGUUUUUGUUAGAAAUGAACGAUUUUUUUUCCUUCAACAUAUUCACAAUUAAAUUCAUGUGGAAGGAGGGCGUCAAACCUUGGUGAGGUAUUUCUGAAAUCGAUCUGAUGCUCAUGUUUAUAUUUUAUCUCCCCGAGGGGAAGGUGUGUGCAUCUCCACCCCCCCCCCCCUCUCCCGCAAGCUAUCGUUCAAGUUAUGUUUUCUUUUGCUCGUUAGCAUCAAUCUUUUGCAUGUUUUUUUUACGAGCCACGUGUUUCUUUAGGCAGUCGCUGGGAAUCUUAAACGCACCCGGAAAAUACGCAGAACGCGUCUGGUACGUUGCUUCAAAGGCGAAGGGAGGGGCACGGGCAAGUGGAGUUCCACACCUUGAGAGGCAAUGAGUUGUUGCAACUAAAACAGUGGGGGGGGGGGGGGGGGGAGUUGGGGAAACCUGCAAAUCGAUCAUCCCAUGCAACUGCUUUGGUCCGAUUUCGAUUUAAAGCUUUUGUGACUGCAGGAAUUCAUCUUCUUGGUUCUUUCGGUAAAGUCACGUAGAAGGGAAGUAAUAAAAUAAUAAAAAUAAAAUAAUUCUCACGACGAUCGAUCAUUCAGACGCUGUCUCCCCGACAGACCUGGUCUUCACCUGAGGACGGCUGCUUGUGUUGUGGCCGAAACGUCGUGAGAAUUAUUUUUAUUAUUUUAUUACUUCCCUUCUACGUGACUUUACUGAAAGAACCAAGAAGAUGCUUUGGUCCGGCGUGCGAGCCUAGGUAGUUGCUGCAACACGGUCGCGUCUGAGCGUGGACGCAAAACUUUUCUUGGUCCCACUUUUUUUUGUUACACAGCAGAGCCCCGCUCGCUUUCUGGCUAACUGCACCCACACUAGCAUCAGGGUCGGGACUGAGAAAUGCAUCGCUUCAAAUUUUCCGAGCGGAUCUGCUUGAAAGGAAGAGAGGUGGGGGAGGGAAGAGCCACGCUCAGGAACGGAUGCAGAGCAGUCCGCAUUUAACGAUUCUAUUGCACGGAGCCAAAUUGCGCAACUGAUGGAACAGGCGUUGGACGUGGGAUGCAGGGGAAAGAAAGUUGGGAAUUGUUUUUUGUGGUUUAUUUUUUAAGCUUUGCAGAAUUAUUUUGCACUGCUGGUUCGGAGGAAAGAAUUGGUAGUGGAGUGUCGACUGAACGAUAAUGGGAAGCUUUCAAAGUAUGCAAUGAUAGGUUUUUUUUGGUGUGUGCGCGCGUGUUUUUUCUUCUUAUAGAAUUGAAUGACGUCACGUGUAUUUAUUUUGCUUCUGUGUAGUUUUAACAGGGGGAGGAAAUGUCUCCAUCUCGGAUAUCAAUUUUCCUUCAAUUGCGACAAAGAAUGUUAUUUUUCUCUCUCUCUCUCAUGUUAAGGUAUAUUACUUUGUAAGCUAUUGAACAUGUGCAUGGUUCGAAAAAAAACCCCGCUUGAUUAAGCUCCCAUCUAACACACAAUAGAUCAAACCACUUCAUAUUAGGCACGAGACCAAAGUUGAGUUUGAUGGGAUAGGGCUAAAACUUUUAAAAUAUUUCUGGGGUGGGGCAGGGUUAGAUUUACUCUGCUUCUUGAAACUCGUUUUUGGUUUAACGGCGGUAUUGUGCGCGGGUCUUAGCAAAGCCAAUUUAAAAAGCAUUUUUAUUACGUUUGGUUUAAAUUUUGCUUGCAGCUUACACCGGCUCUCGCGGCAGAUGUUAAGCAGCUUUGAAAAGGCCUUCUUGAGUGGUUGUCUGUAGUACAAGAAUCUUUCUAACCAGAAGCCUUCAAUUGUGAGGGGGGGGGGGGAAUUUUUGAAGUUUAUUAAUACUGUACCGUUACUCUCUAUUUUGCUGUGUUUUAGGAAAUGUGAGCGUGCGAGGGUGUGUGCGUGUGUGUGCUCAGGCAUGUGUAAAAGAUUUUGGUUACAUUUCGAAGAUGGUCGAUUAUUAUACCAGGUUAACAAGUGCUAAAGAAAACUGGAAACCAAUGCGCCAUACAAAAGUUUUUGUAUGCGAUUGUCGGCAAAAUUUAUAUAUAUUAAAUGAAAAAAAAAGAAAUAAAAAAAUGACAAGAAUUAUCUGGACAGCAAAUCGCUUGAAUAGAUUUUUAGCUUAUUUUUACACGGUUUGUGAAUUGCCAUCACUUGCUAUUUCGUGGCAUUUUUAAUAACACGGAUGAAAACAACGCAUCGUUUUUGGCAAGUAACACCCAAUAGACUCCCACUAAUGUGCGUGCGUGCGUUGACCCAAGUUGUUAUUUCAGCUCGAUCACUAAUGGGGUUGCCGCGAUAUUUUUCACGACACAAUAUUUGCAUUGAUGACACGACGAUUUCUCGCCAAAUUCCUCCACCUUGUAAUUGUUUCGCAUUAUUUGCUUACAAGAUUCUGUGCUAUGAUGGGAACUUGGGAAGCUUGACCUAAAAUGUUAAGUUCUUCAACUGCAAAACAUUUUUUUGAAGCAACCUUGUAUUUCUGAAUUUAAAUGUGCCACAAUCCUGAUUUUUUAAUGUGCGAAAUCGGACGAUGUUGGUGUCGUCAAUCUUAUAUUGUAAACCGUAGUGUCGCCUUAUCACGGUUAACCCUGGCAUGUAAACAAAAUCUGCUUUGACAAGAUGUAGAACUCCGAAAAGAUGUGGGAUUUUGAGAACUCAUUUACCUAAUAACAGGGUUCUUCAACUGAACACUCAAGUGGGCCAUAAUAGAAUUGGCAUGUGCUCAUGGGGACGGGGGGGGAUGACCGGUUGAUCUUUUGUGAACAGCUUCCACGGUGUCACCUCGUGUGGCAUCACGAAGUCUGUCGUCCAUGGGACUCAAUUUGUGUCUUGUCCACAGCUCUCAUCCGUAUCUCCAACAUGUACCCCUCGUCUUCAGAUCUUGUUUAGAUCUCGUUUAGUUCUCGAUCUCGCAGAGCCGUGUCUAUUCACGGGCCACGCACACUCGGUGAGCCCUUCCAAGAGCAUAGUCCGGCCUUGAUCCGGCCCACUGGGGUCUACCAGUUGAAGAACCUUGCAUUUGUGUGACGUGCGCACGUUAGACACACGCUUUGGUCGAGGUAAUCAAUACCAAAGGUGAAGGUGGUGGCACUGAUUACGGAUUUGUGACAUGCGUAGCUGCCGAGCUUAAGCGACUGCUGCUGUUUGCCGGUGAUCAAAAUUGGUGGGAGUCGCCCGUAUGAUGAUGAUGAUGACGAUGAUGAUUUCCUUUUUGCCGUCUCGUAGCAAAUUCAAAUAAACUGUAGCGAAAUAAGCCCCAA